AUGCUUUCUUCCAUCUCACAAUUUCAGAAGCUGAUAUGGGACCAGUGGAACAUCCGCAUAAUUAUCCUCUUCAGUCUCUUCCUUCAGAUCUUCCUCAUCGUUUCUGCUCCCUUCAGAAAACGGAUGAGAGGAGGAGUCUCCGAAUUCUUCAUAUUCUUUGUCUGGUUGGCUUAUCUUCUCGCCGACUGGGCAGCUGGCUACUGCAUUGGACUCAUCUCCAACAAUCAAGAGCAAAAAACCACUCUCACACAAAACGAUUACCUCAUGGCAUUUUGGGGUCCUUUCCUUCUCCUACACCUGGGUGGCCCUGACACCAUCACUGCGUUUUCUUUGGAGGACAACGAGCUCUGGCAUAGGCACCUUCUCGGCCUCAUUUUCCAGUCAGUCACAACUGCUUAUGUCUUCCUUUUGACGGUCCCUCGGAACCCGUUAUGGUUGCUGACGAUAUUGAUGUUUGUUGCCGGAUUAAUCAAGUAUGCUGAGAGAACUCGCGCUCUGUACAUCGCGGCCAUCAAUAAUUUCAGGAAGUCCUUGCUUCCGAAGCCGGAUGCGGGGGCCAAUUAUGCGAAGCUCAUGGAGGAGUACUCUUCUAGGCUGGCGGCCGAGCUUCCAGCCGAAAUAAUCAUGAUUCCGGAGACCGGUGAGACGGGAAAAGAUGGGAGCAGCAAUCAAGAAACAGAGCUCGUGGCGAUUGAUAUUUACAAACUUGAGUUGGUGCAGAAAGCUUUCUCCUUCUUCCUCAAGUUUAAAGGUCUCGUCGUUGACAUGAUAUACAGCUUCAAAGACCGGGACGACAGCCGGAGAUAUUUUGAAAGCAAAUCGGCAGGAGAGGCUCUCAUGCUCAUAGAUGUUGAGCUCAAUUUCAUGUAUGAAGUUUUCUACACCAAGGCCUCGGUGAUUCGCCAAAAUUGGUUCUGGUUCUGUGGAAAAUUCGUUUCAUUAAUGUCCAUUACGGCCACCCUUGUACUCUUCAUUAAGGUAGACAGGCAUGGUUUCGACAAGUUGGAUGUUAGGGUGACUUAUGCGUUGCUGUUUGGCGCUCUGUUCCUGGAUGUCAUGGCUCUUUUCAAGCGUUUUUUCAGUGAUUACACUGCUACCCUCUCCGAUGAAUCUCUAAUAGAUUCCUACGCAGCUUCUCAUUACCAAAACUUCCGAAUUAAAAUCUUCAGGCGUCUCAAUGGAAUAAUUUUGUCGCGGUUCCUCAGGCUGGGGAAUCUAACCUGGCCACAAAUCCAGAAAGGCCCUUACCGCGGCUGUCACAGAUUGUCCACCAAAUUUUUAAUGCGCAGAUGGUCUGGAUCAAUCACGGGGUACAAUCUGCUGAGUUACUGCUUGAAAGAGUCAGUUCAGAGGGAUCCUGAUGAUCUAUGCCUCAAAAUCUGGGUAUAUGUCAAGCAUUUAUUCUGUCAACUAGGCAAAUGUUGUAAUAUUAACGACCUCCUUGAUCAGUGGAGGCAUGAAUCCAAAAACCCGUUCGUCAAAGAGCUUUGGGAAUACUUGUUCGAAAAGCUGAAAGAGAAAUCAGCUGGUGCUCAAGAUAUAGAGGCCAUCCAAAGCAUAUGUUCUGCUAGAGGUGAGCAGGUUGUCCAGAAGGCCAACUUAGAAACCCUGAAGCCAUUUGUGGAUCCGAACGAAGUUGCUUUUGAUCAGAGCCUUCUAUUGUGGCACAUUGCUACUACUCUCUGUUCCACCCAAGACGCUAAAAAUGAAGAGAAGGAUCGACGCAAUAGACAAAUCAGCAUGCUUGUCUCGGAUUACAUGCUAUACCUUCUGGUUAUGCAGCCCAACAUGAUGUCGGCCAUAGCAGGAAUGGGACAAAAGAGGUUCCAAGACACAUGUGAAGAGGCCAAAAGGUUCUUCAAGAGGAGGAGCAUUCCAGCAGAAGGGGAUGGUGGGGAGGAUAUGCUGAAGGAAGCUUGCGACAUUCUAAUGAAAGUGCCAACAGAACAAAAACCCAUUGAUGUGAAGGGGGAUAGGAGCAAAUCCCUAUUGUUUGACGCAUGUCGUUUGGCCAAAGAGUUGAACAAUUUAGAAAAUAACAAGAAAUGGGAAAUCAUAGCCAGUGUGUGGGUGGAAUUGCUGUCGUAUGCCGCGUGCCACUGCAGGCCUACGGGACACGUCCAGUUAUUGAGUAAAGGUGGCGAGCUCAUUUCCUUUGUUUGGCUCUUAAUGGCUCAACUCGGUCUCAGCACUCAGUUUCAAAUCAAGGAUGGCGACGCGAGGGUCAAACUCAUAGCGGGUUACUCCCACAGUUAA